UUACUUAAAUAUGACUUUAUAAAUUAAAAAAAAAAUAUUUUUAAAUGUUGAAACAUAUUUAAUCUUAACAAAACUUUUCACAAAUCAAAGAUUUAAUUACUUCAUGUAGUCACCCAUUGAAACUCAUCUGUCAUUUCAUAAGCAACACAACAGCGAGUGAUGGUUACACCUUUCUUUUUCAGGAAAUUCCACUCACUGAAUUUUAAAGUUAAGGUGUAAUAUAGGAAUUGGCCAGAUAAAAGAAUUUGGUGGAUGUGUGCUUGCAAUAAUGGUAUGAUUUUACAUAAAACAUUCUUUAGUGCACAAAAGCAUGAUUCUAAUCUGACCAAUGGAAACCAUCAAAAAUUGUAACGUAUUUCUCACUGCAUAAUUUAUGUGCAUUUAAUUUCUGUAUUAGUUGUUGUGAGUUUUGGAUGGUAAAUUCAUAAUUCUUGAGGUAGUCCACAAGUAGAACGUAUAUUUUUAUUUCUAAGCCAAUUGUGGGUGAUCUUGCUUUAUUUACCCCACAAUUGGUGCAGGAGAUUGCCCAGCUUGUGCAUCUUUAUGAAUGCAAAGAAUUGCAGGGUGUCGGGGAUUGCAUCAUAGUUUUGUUUAAACUGAUAACUCUGUUAUAAUGAAAAGGUCUACCUAUAUCUCAAAGCUACAAGAGUAUAUUAAGGCCACUGAAAGCAUUAGCAAUGGCUAUGUAAAAAUCCUGCAAAGUAAAGUGCUAAGAUUAAGACACAUGGAUCUAAUCAGAGUUCUGGAAAUAAAAAUGUUACUUGAUAUUAUAUCAGGGCUUCCCAAACUGUGCGUCGCGACACCCUGGGGAGUCACGGCGCUAUCAUAGGGGAGUCGUGAGACGAUACCCACCGGUUGCCUGCACAUGACGUAAUGAGUGAGUGAGUGAGUGUGCGGCGCAUGCGUCUUAUCACUCCGCUUCUCCAAUUUCCCGCUCUUUCGUUCAGUCUUUUGUUUUCGUUGAUUAUAAGUGUUGAUGAAUCGGUGUUUUGAUUUCAAGUGUGUUCUAUUUAAAUUGCACAUUGUAAAAUGGAUAACUUUAUUCAAAUAAAUAUAAAACAUGUUGAAGACUCAGGAAAGAGUACAAAAAAAACUGUAGAAAAACGAAAAAAGUACAGAAAAUAUGAUGACCAAUAUUUAGAUUUUGGAUUUACUUACGUUAGCAAAGGAAAUGUGGAACUACCCCAAUGUGUUGUUUGUCAUAAGGUGCUGGCAGCUGAAAGUAUGCUUCCUAAUAAAUUGAAAAAUCAUUUAGAAACAAUUUACAGUAAUUUACAAGGAAAACCGCGAGAUUUUUUUGCAAGAAAAUUGCGAGAACUGAAACAUCAAUCGACAUCCUUGUUUUCCAGAGCAUCUAUUCCCUCCAAAGCACUGCUCGCCUCUUAUAAGGUCGCUCACCGUAUUGCCAAGUGCAAGAAACCACACACGAUUGCUGAAGAUCUUAUUUUACCUGCAGCGAUUGAUAUGGUAUCAGUGAUGAUUGGAGAAUCGGCGGCAAAAGAAAUAAAAAAUAUUCCUCUUUCUAACAAUACAAUUAGUCGUCGCAUUCAUGACAUAGCUGAAGACAUUAAUGAGCAAAUUGUGGAAAAACUUUCUGGUUUAUUUGCCAUUCAACUGGAUGAAGCAACAGACAGUAAUAAUGACGCUCAAUUAAUAUGUUACAUGCGGUACAUGGAAGGAGCAAAUGUAUGUGAGGAUUUGUUAUUUUGCAAAGAAAUGACUGAUGCCGGGAAGGCUAGUGAUUUGUUUGCGAUCAUAGUUUCAUACAUGAAAGAAAAUAACAUUCAAUGGGAGAACUGUGUUGGUGUGCGUACAGAUGGAGCUCGCGCGAUGUCAGGGCAAUAUGGAGGACUUCAAGCUCUCAUUAAAACCAAGGCACCAAAUGCAAAAUGGACACAUUGCAUCAUACAUAGAGAGGCCCUGGCUACAAAAAAUAUUUCACCUGAAUUAAAUUUUGUGAUCAAUAUAAUUAUUAAAGUGGUAAACUUUACAAAAACAAGACCCGUGAAGGCAAGAUUUUUCUGAAAGCUUUGUGAAGAUUUGGGUGCCGAGCAUACAUCUUUACUUUAUUACUGUAACUCUCGUUGGUUGUCGAGAGGUAAUGUACUCUCACGUGUAUACGAAUUAAAACAUGGAUUGUACACGUAUUUAUUGAUAGAAUCGCAUCGUGACGCAGAAAAGUUUAAAGAUACUGACUUCUUAAUAAAACUGGCAUAUCUUUGCAACAUAUUUGAGAAAUUAAAUGUCCUUAAUAAAUUGCUGCAGGGAAACGAAACGCAUAUACUGCAACUGGCUGAUAAAAUUGCAGCAUUUAAAAAAAAGUUGCUGUUGUGGAAAAGAAAAAUAGAAGAGGAGCAUGGAAAUACUGACUGUUUUCCUGUUUUAAAUGGCUUUCUGCAGGAAAAAUCUAUUCAAAAUCUGGAGCCAAGUUUGCAAUUGAUAUUUAUCCAACACUUAUCAGCACUAAGCACCCAUUUUGAUACAUAUUUUCCAAAUAAUGUAAAUCAAUACGACUGGAUUAGAGACCCAUUCCAAUCGAUCCCAACCCCAUCUACACUUUCAACAGUCGAGGAAGAACAGCUAUUAGAACUAUCUUGUGAUACGAGUCUAAAACUUCGAUUUGAUAAAGACAAACUAUUUCAAUUUUGGAGCAAUGUCUCUCAAGAAUAUCCUGC